AUGGAGGCAGAGCUCCAGGCCCCAGCUCAGCCCCAGACCCUGGCGGAAGCCCAGCCAUUAGGGUCCGAGGCGGAGGCCGAGACCCCAUCGACCCCAUCGCCCUCCUCCUCCUCAGUCCCCCCGCCCUCCUCUGUGGAAGCCGAGGCCUCACUCUGGGAUAUAAGGCGUGUGAUGAUGGCUGACCUGGUGGGGUUCCUGCUCCUCAAGUAUCGUGCUAAGGAGCCCAUCACCAAGGCAGAGUUGCUGGCCGUGGUCCCCAGGGAUGCCAAGGACCAGUUCCCUGACGUCUUCUGCCGCGCCUCCGCCUGCAUGCUGCUGGCCUUUGGCUUGGAUCUGAAGGAGGUGGACCCCGGCGAGCACACCUACGCCCUGGUCCCCACCCUGGGCCUCACCUGGGAUGGGGUGCUGAGCGGUCAGGAGCUGAGCCUGCCCAAGACCGGCCUCCUGGUGGUGGUCCUGGUCGUGAUUUUCCUGCAGGGCGACUGCUCCCUUGAGGAGGAGGUCUGGGGUGCCCUGGGCAGGAUGGGGGUGUGUGCCGGGAUGGUGCACUAUAUCUAUGGGGAGCCCAGGGCACUCCUCACCCAGGUGUGGGUGCAGGAGGGGUACCUGGAGUACCGCCAGGUGCCCCACAGCGACCCCGCCCGCUACGAGUUCCUCUGGGGUCCCCGGGCCCACGCGGAGACCAACAAGGUGAAAAUCCUGGAGCACCUGCUCAGGGUCAACGGGAGGGUUCCUAGGUCGUGCCGUUUCCUGGCCGAGGAGGCGGUGAGGGAGGAGGAAGAGGAGCCCUGAGCCCGAGGGGCGCCCAGGCUCCUUGCAGGCCAGCAGCUUGUCCAGCAGCUUCGCUCUGUGUUUGAAGAGCGAGCAGGCAGCCUGCCAAGGAGCAGGGGCCGGGCGAGGGGGGCAC